GCAUCUCUCUAUAACCAUAUCUAUCAGAGAUUUAUCCACAACGGUGUUCUUGCUCUACUUCAACAUCAACCAACAGCCAACCAACGUUAUCGAUUAAACAUGCCGGGCCCCGUCGUCGAAGAAAUUGAAUCUGAGAAGAAGGUCGAGCAGGAGGUGAGUCCCGUGGUUGAGGGUGUAGUUGAGGAUGUUAAGGAGGAAGACGACCACAACGAUGAAGACGCCGACGAUUCCGACGACGACGAUGAUGACAAGGAAGACGGUGCUCAAUGUGGUAGUGAGAGUUCAAAGCAAAGCAGGAGUGAGAAAAAGAGUCGAAAGGCAAUGUUGAAGCUGGGAAUGAAACCCGUUCUUGGUGUCAGCAGAGUUACCAUUAAAAGAGCAAAAAACAUCAUGUUCUUCAUUUCAAAACCAGAUGUAUUCAAGAGCCCAAACUCAGAAACCUAUGUGAUAUUUGGUGAAGCAAAGAUUGAGGACUUAAGCUCACAGCUUCAAACCCAAGCUGCCCAACAAUUCAGGAUGCCCGACAUGGGUUCCGUCAUGGGCAAAUCGGACAUUUCAGGUGCAGCAGCUGCAGCAGCAGCAGCAGAUGAAGAGGAAGAGGAAGUGGAUGAAACAGGUGUUGAGUGCUAUCAUGGAGCUCACCACUUAGUUGUUGAUCAAAUCCUUUUACUUUAG